GCUGUCAUCGAGUGCUGGGCGCCAUGUUGGUACAGUGAUGGCUCAGGUUGGCUCAUGCUGUGUUUACGAGUGUUGCCGGUCAAUGAGACAACGUUGCCUUGCUGCUGUGAAUGUGAGAGACUCCGUUUGCUACGCUGGUGUGGAGACUUUGUUCAACAAAGAAAACGGGAAUACACACGUGGUAUAUUUUCUACCGGUGCUACGUUAUUUAGACGCAGAAUGUUACGUAAGUUCCGACCAUUCGUCCAUUUGGCCAGCACAGUUUGGAAUGAGGUCAAGUCACGUGAGAGUCUCCGGCUCCUGCUCACCCUCGUUUGCUUCGUAAUAAUUACAAUUAUUGCAGUGAUGAACUUGCCGAUCUUGAUCCCAACCACCCCUGACCUGUGUGAGAUAUGGAAAGGUGAAACGCCUCGAACGAACGCAUCACUGUGGUGGCAGUGGGCGUGUCUAAUAGAAUGGGACAUGGACAGCGCUGACGGCUACCAGUGUCAGAACAAGGAAUUCAUGGGCAACUGGCCGGUGUGCUGGGACGAGGACUACAAACCAAGGGACCCCUGUCUUGUGUACUCCUUUGGUAUAGACAAUGACUUCAGCUUCGAUGACGCGAUGGCAGAAAGAGGGUGCACUGUGUACAGCUUUGACCCAAGUAUGGGGGUAACAGACCACCGACAUUCCGAAGGGGUGUUCUUCAAAAACAUGGGUCUAGGUGCCUCCGACACCGACUCAUUCCACCCCAACUUUGACUGGUACGUCCGUCAUUCCAGCAGCUGGAAGGUCCGAACGCUGAAGUCCAUUAUGAAGCUACUGGGGCAUGAGAAGCGUGUGAUCGAUGUAUUGAAGAUCGAUAUCGAGGUGUACGAGUGGGCUGUGACAGCCAACAUCAUGAAGGACGGGCUGUUUCCCCAAAUUCGCCAGUUUCUGGUGGAGUGGCACAUCUUCCCAAACGAACCAUUCAGAAAUCAUUUCCAGGAUAUGUACAAUGCCUACAUGAGCCUGAGGGAGAAUGGAUUCCAGUUCUACCACAAGAACAGUUGCAGAAGAUACCACCAUUACCGGUACUGGAACUCACAGGCUGAUAUGUGUUACGUCAACACCCUCUUCAAGCAACCCAGAUAACACUUCCGUCAUGCGCAGAACGGAGUUAGCAUGGGUACAUUUGAUACGCAAAUCGUUAUAAGCUGGGCAUACCAGGAUGACAUGGAGUUCAUCUUCUAUCUGUGCUUUGCAAUAAGAGCAAGAUGUAUCUAAUUUUGUGUAAUAAUUAUAGGAAUUCAUAUUGAAACCAUAUAUAUAUUACAACGCGGUUUUGCCAGGCAUCUCCGACAUUAUUGAUAAAUAAACAGUUGUCAGGGUAGUAGUUCUGUUUGAUCAGUUUGAUAUGGAUGAUGCGUUGCUCCACUCUUGGAAAUAUACAUCUUUACAUCGUUGCUGAAAAUUUCUAGAAAGUAUUUUUUGUUAUCAAUAUUCUGGGAUGUCCAUAAAUAGUCAAAUCCAUAUUUGCAAAGCAGUUUCCUGAACUUUCGAAACCCAGUUUUUGUCGCCAGAUUCGCCAAAUCGUUUUAACAUUUCAUGACACUUCUUGGUAUAUCUGAGAAACAUGAUCCAAAAUAUAAGUAAUCUAACAUUAGCGUACAAAAUUAACGGAUAUCGCGCGCACUCAGCUAAAGCUGCUUUGUUUGGGGAUCUAGAGCCAAAUUGUAAAAUAUUUUUUAAAAAGCUUGUGUGGACCUUUUCAAUAGGUUUUCGGGUUUCCCAACCCCAUAAUUCUGCGCCAUACAACAAAAUCGGCUUAAUUUUCCCUUCAAAUAGCUUGAAAGCCGAUUCACAGACAAGGUUUUUAAUUUGUUCAUGAAACGUUUGAUUGGGAAUAAUGCCUUUUCAGCCUGUUGGGAUAAUAUCUCAAACGCUUUAGUUAAAAUGUUCCUGUAUUAAAAGACAAUGCCUAGAUAUUUAUAAUAAGACGUUACUUCUAAUUUUUCGCCCUUGAUAUACCAUUUACCAUGUUUAUAUAGGGAUUCCCCUGUUUGAAAACUACAACUUUCGUUUUCCUAGGAUAUAUUUCUAAUCCCCAUUUCUCACAGCACGUGUAUGUUACUAGAAUAUCAUGUUUUCCUGAAGAUUUAAAACAGUAUCUGCAAAUAUUGCAUCAUCAUCUGCAAACAGAAGUAUAGAUGAUGGUUGUGGAGAUUAUCAAUGAAUAUGCUACUGGUAUAAAAUAUUAAUAUGUCAUUUUCAAGUUCAUCAAUAUACAUUAUAAAAAGUGCUGGUGACAAUAUGCACCCCAGACGCACUCCACGUGACACUUUUACAUUUUGAUAUAUAGUUUUCAGUACAUUAUGUAUCUUUCCAUGAAUACCUCUUUGUAAUAGCAGAUACAUAAAUAAUUCCUGUGUACAGAGUCGAACGCUUUUUUGAAAGAUGACAAAGAUUCAAUAAAAUUUGUCCCUUUUCUUUCUUAUAUACUUAUGGGCUACUGAAUGUAGGAUAAAGGCUUGACCACUAGUGGUAUAACCUUUUGUAAGGCCCGCCUGGGAUUCCGAAAUAAAUCCGAAACUUACUUCUGACAUUUAUUAUCGUUAAGAAACGUUUUCUGAUUACAUCAAGUAUUGCAAUUCCUCUAUAGUUUCCUGGGUCAGUUUGUGGCCUGCCUUAUAAAGAGGUACCACUUACCCUGAUUUCCACGAUGAUGGGAAGGAUCAAGAAUUCUGUCAAAUAACUUAUUUAAAAGAGGUAGAAUAAUGGUACAUGUUUCUUUUAUGGCUUCGGCGGAAAUGCCAUCUUCCCCUGGAGCCGUACCAUUCUUCAGAUUAGUUAUCGCCCGUAAAAUUUCUUGUUCUGUUAUAGUGGUCGCCAUUUUAAUAUCAGACUCACUGCAAUAUUCACACUCCUCCAUAUUGUGAUUUGAGAGAAAGCCGGUUACAUGAUCAUUGAAAUCAUUAUUAAUGCUCACAUCUGGGUUAAGAAGUUGUUUAAAGUAUUCAUACCAUGAUUGCGGUGUAAUGCCUUGUUUCUCAUCAUGAAUAUUUUGACAGUCACCCUUAAUAGUUUUUCAAAAUCU